CUCUCUCUCUAAAAUCUCAUCCUACUCUCUUUCUGGUCUUCGUUGUUUCAUUUCCAUUUAAAUCGCAAAAAUUUUCUCUCCUUUCUAAUUUUUUUUUUUUUUUUUCCUCCAAAUCCUCCCAAAAUUUUCGUCUGGUCUAUCAGAAAAAAACGACAUGUCGUCCUCUGGCGGCAGCUUAGGGGGUGCAGGAGUAGCCGGUACGGCCGGCGCAGGAGCGCCUCAGCUGUACUUUUGCCACGUGUGUGAUCGCACCGUCACUCUAACCCCUUCACCUACCUCUGAUCUCCUUUGUCCAGUCUGCAAUGGUGGUUUCGUCGAAGAGCUCGGAACCCCUCCAAACCCUAACCCUAAUACCUUCCUCCCCUUCUCUCAUGAAUCCCCUUCGUUGGGCGCCGCCGGAUUCCCGUUCCUCUUCUCGACAGCUGCUUCCUCAGGGCCCACCAGUGGUCCCGCCACCGUCGUUGAUGAUCUCUCGGCCCUUUUCGGCGCCGGACCGACUCGAAACCAACAUUUGACGUUCCAGGACCCUGACGCGUUCAACCCCUUUUUGUUCCUUCAGAACUAUUUGCAAACCCUAAGGGCUAAUGGUGCGAACGUUCAGUUCGUGAUCGAUAGCGGCGGCUCUGGUGACCCUGCUGGGUUCCGUGUGCCUUCGAAUCUUAAUCUGGGUGAUUACUUUUUCGGUCCGGGGCUCGAGCAAUUGAUUCAGCAGCUGGCUGAGAAUGAUCCCAAUAGGUAUGGUACUCCGCCGGCGUCGAAAUCUGCAAUUCAGGGGCUUCCGGUGGUGAAGAUUUCCGAGGAGCUUUUGGCUUCGGAUUCUUCGCAGUGUGCGGUUUGCAAGGACACGUUCGAGCUUGGCGAAGAGGCUAAACAGAUGCCUUGUAAGCACAUUUACCAUUCGGAUUGUAUUGUUCCAUGGUUGGAGUUGCACAAUUCUUGCCCUGUGUGUCGGUAUGAGCUGCCAACUGAUGAUCCUGAUUACGAGCAGAGGACUCGUGAGGGCUCUGGGGUUGGAAAUCAAAGUCGAACUGGUGGUGGGUUCAAUGCUUCUUCUGGUGGCAAUGAUGGUGGAACUGGAACUGGGGCAGCUUCUGGAGAAAAUCCUCCCACACCACGGAGUUUUCGGGUCUCCUUGCCGCGGUUGUUUAGGGUAUUUGGUUCACCUGCUGAGACUAGCAACAGUGGAAGUGGCAACAAUGAUGGAGCAACAAACACGGGAAAUAGGGGAAAUCCAAACAGUGGACCAGAGCCUAGACAAGAAGAUCUUGAUUAAAGAACCAUUGAUGUUCAUGCCCUCACUAAGUGACAAAACUUGAUGGGUUAAGUCUAUAAGCAGGAAGAACGUUCAGUGCACCCCUUUACUCAUUUGUUGUGCUUUAAUAUUCAUUCUCCCUUUUUCCAUGCCUGUUUAAGCAUUCCUUUCAUAAAUUCUAGUACAACAAUGUUGUUAAAACACAGCUAUUUUGUGAUUGAUCUAGGCCCUCCAUCUAAAAGUUUGUGGCUUUAGUCAAAUGUUUUAAAUUUUUGUUGGGUUUAAAAUAUAUUCCUUGCACCACCUUAGUGCCAAUGCCAGUUGGUGGGAAGGUUGAAAUUGUUGCUGGAAGGUUUACAACUUCCAUUGAUGCAUAUCCAUUUUACUUUCUUUCACUAUGGAACAAAUUCUCGUUGGCCUAUUAUUUUUAUUGGAUUCUUUGUUCUUUAAAUUUAUGAUCA